GCAUGGGCAGGAGGCCUCGGCUCCAACGGUCCCCGGUUGCCACAGCCGUCGCCGCCGCCGCCCCGGAGAGCUGUUCCCUGCCAGCCACCACCAUGUCUAAAGAGAAAGGCGAGGAGCUGGUGGGGAGCCUGGGCUGGCGGUGCCUGGUGAAGCAGGGGGAGGAGGAGGCAGAGGCGCUGAAGAAGGAGGAGGAGGAGGAGGAGGACUGUUGCUCGGACGACCUGAGCCCCGAGGCCCCGGGCGUGCACCCCGACCUGCUGGAGCUGGCGGUGGACCGGGAGAAGUGCCGCAGCAUCCGCAGGCAGUACCGGCAGCUCAUCUACACUGUGCAGCAGAACCGCGAGGACAUCGUGAACACGGCCAGCGACUCGCUGACCGAGGCCCUGGAGGAGGCCAACGUGCUGUUCGACGGAGUGAGCCGCACCAGAGAGGCGGCCCUGGACGCCCAGUUCCUGGUGUUGGCCUCCGACCUGGGCAAGGAGAAGGCGAAGCAGCUGAACUCGGACAUGAGCUUCUUCAACCACGCGGCGUUCUGUGACCUGCUGCUGGUGUUUGUGGGCCUGAGCUGGGUGGAAGACCAGUGUGAGGAGCUGAGCGACUGCGAUGACAGCGUGGCGCUUUCCCUGUGGGGCACGGUGCAGAAGGAAGCGGCGGCCUGCAUGCUGCGAGCAGAGACCUUCCACUUCAUCUUCGGCUCCUUUAAGGCAGAGCGGCGUGCGCGGAAGCCCCGGCUGGAACAGCACAAAAGAGCUUGCAAGAUGGAAGGGAAUGGAGAUAUGCCUACGAAGUUGAGGAAGCUGGACGCGCAUGCUAAUCAGGAGACGACAGAAAAAGAGGUAGAAAGAAUCCUGGGACUGCUGCAAACCUACUUUCAAAAGUACCCUGAUACCCCAGUGUCCUAUUUUGAGUUUGUCAUUGACCCGAACUCAUUCUCUCGCACCGUGGAGAACAUCUUCUAUGUUUCUUUCAUUAUAAGGGAUGGCUUUGCGAGGAUAAGACUUGACCAAGACAGACUGCCGAUAUUGGAGCCGACUAAUGUUAACCAGGCGGAUGAGGAAAGCGAUUCCUGUUCCUAUGGCAGGAAACAAGGAGUUAUAUCUUUGAGUUUACAGGACUGGAAAAAUAUUGUCUCCACUUUUGAAAUUUCAGAGGCUAUGAUCAAAAACUCAUACUAAAGGUGGUUUUUGUUUGUAGUGUAUGACUCCAUCUUGUACUAUCAUCUAAAAACAGAUUCUAAACAGAAGUACAUGUUCUAGUAAACUAUU